AUGCUCCUAGGCGAGUACCUCAUUCGCCGCCUUCAGCAGUUAGGAAUAACGACCAUCUUCGGCGUUCCUGGAGGUUUGUUUUUCCCACUUGCACCUUGCCCAUACCUUAAACUAAUCCUUUUCAAGACUUUGAGCUCCCGCUGCUCGACCAAAUACCGCCGCAACAAUGGUCGGGAUCACCCAACGAACUGAUAGCUGCCUAUUCCGCCGAUGGCUAUGCUCGUAUGAAAGGUUUUGGUGCCUUGGUCACAACCUUCGGGCCCGGUGAGACGUCUGCUAUAUGCGGUACUGCGGGAAGUUAUUGCGAGAGUGUUGCAGUUCUGCAUAUUGUGGGUUAUCCCGGUGUGAGAGCUCAAACGAAGGGGAAGAUUUUACAUCAUACUCUGGGCGAUCUGAAGUACGAGUAAGUAUAACCUAGAUUAGGAGUUAUGGGGUAUGGCUUUAUGAAUGAUGUUGCUGAUUUUGAGGCGGCUUUGAGCCAUUAUUUGAAAAUGUCUGGUAAGUCUAGCUUUGAUGUAUCGAUUCAUUCGCCUAGUGAUGGACUUAUUCCAUUUUGUUUGAACGAGCCUUUCAGAAAGAACUAGGCUAACAGCAUUACUCAAUACACAGCCGAAGUCACCUGUGCAGCGACAAUACUCAAAAAUGCCGAAGAAGCUCCCGAUGAGAUCGACAAGAUAAUCAAGGGUACUCUCCCGAGAUAUGGGCCUCCAAUCCAAGUGUUCUAACUUAUUUGGCAGCAAUGAUCCACCAUAACAGACCAGCUUAGUAAGUCUUCUCAAUCAACCCGUAGUGGCUUCUCAACACUAACCAACUUUCUAGUCUUGGCUUUCCAGUCGACUUACAAACGACCAAAAUCAGUACUGCACAGCUCAACGUUCCUCUUCCUCAAAGUCUGAACAUGAAAGAGGACAACGAUCUUAAUGAUUGCAAGGAGCUCGCUUUCACGAUUACUGACAAAAUCCAAAACAGUCGAGCACCAAUAAUCAUAUCGGAUGGCGGUAUUUCUCUUUGACACUUUCCUCAUCAAUUCCUUAAUUUUUGCUGCCACAGGAACGUGGGCUAAUGAAAUAUGACCACAGGAGCAACGAGGAACAAUAUCGAACCUCUCAUUCAAGAACUUGGUGAUAUGCUACUUUGUCCCAUGUUCACGACUUUCAUGGGUAAAGGCUCGGUUGAUGAGCAGAGUCCACUAUUCUGUGGUGUCUAUGGCGGAAAAGGCAGUCUACCCGACACGAUCAAAACAGUGGAGGGAUCAGAUUGUGUGCUUUGGGUGGGGAACUUCCCUGUGAGUUUGUUCUUUUCAUUCUAAAUUAUUCAUCGCAGAAGAAAUAGAAGCUGAUAAGAUAUUUUUGAUAGAGUGACUUCAACACGUAAGUCACUUGUCCUAUGGUUCCGGUGGUCAAACCACGGGUCUCGCUUAACAAUUUUAGGGGUGGCUUCUCGGAGAAUGUAGCACCGGAAAAUAUCAUUGAUUUUCAACGCUUCGAAGUUAAGGUACCGUUCCAUUUAUUGCCUUUCUAGUCCAUUGGCUUCGAAUCCUUCCUUUUACGGUAGCAUUGCAUACUAAGAUAUGACCAACUGAAGAUCGGGCAUGAAAAACACUCGGCGAACAUCAAAGCCAUCUUCAUGGAAUUGAUCAAACAAAUCAAAGAUCGAAAUCUCACUGCAAAGUAUGAGAGUAACUUGUCUUGUAUUGCGUACCCAGAAUACAAAGAAUCAGAGGCGGAAGAGAUUACGCAUAAGUGGUUAUGGCAGGUAUGUUCACUCCUCCGACAAAAUUCCAUAUUCAUGGUUUCCUAUACGAGCUAACAAUACCAUGCAGAGAUUCUCAAGCUUUCUUCGAUCAUCUGAUAUUCUCAUAACAGAAACAGGAUGUUCUCAGGCAGGGAUGAUGGAAGCCCGGUUUCCAAGUGGUAUCAAAAUGUUCACGCAGGCUAUUUUUGGGAGCAUUGGGUUUGCUCCUGGAGCUGCUGUGGGUGCUUCUAUUGCUGGAAAAGAAUUGAAUGGACAGGGGGAAAAGUACAAGAGGAUGGUUUUGGUGGAAGGAGAUGGCAGUUUGCAGCUCACAGUUCAGGCUCUUUCAGUGUUGCAAAGGGAAGGCUUGAUCCCUGUCAUGUGAGUUAUUUUCCGUUCCUUCGCAGCAGGGGAAGAAAGACUGAUUUAUAUUAAGUUUUGUGAUCAAUAACGGAGGGUGAGCUUCCCAUAUAUGGACUUUUGUUUGACGACACUUGAGUUAAACAACAUCGAUAGAUACACAGUGGAACGUCUGAUCCAUGGUCUUCAUGCCCCCUAUAACAAAAUCUAUUCUUGGAACUAUACCGCACUCCUCAAAGUUCUCGCGCCUGAUAUCGAGUCGAGGUCUUAUCAUGUUAGUACUGCGAAGGAACUCGAUGAACUCAUGAAGGAUAAAGAGUUUAACGAGGCUACAUGUCCACAGGUACGGCUUCUAUCUGAAGAAGGUGGUGGUAUAAGAUGGCACGGAAUUGAAAAUAUGCUAAUCUGUCGUGUUGUAUAGUUGGUUGAGGUUAUGAUGGAUGAAUACGAUUGUCCUAAUUCGGUACAAAUCAUUGGAGAGACAGCUGCCAGACACAAUGCUGGAUGAUUGUUCUUAAAUGGUUGAUGGGUUGUUGGUAUUUCCUUGAGAAUGUGAGGGACGAGGAGGAGAAUUCGAUACCUGAAUACUAUUUCAAUCUGGUGGGUAUCUUGGAUGCGUCGAAAUUAUUUGCAGUCGAAAUUAUUUGCAGAUUGAACCUUGAUCAGUUUUAUGUUUAAAAUCAACGAAAUCUAUGUAUUGCACGAUUGGGUUAACUCGAG